AUAACUCAACCCGAAGUGAUAUUAUAGUGUCAAUGCUGCAAGUACUUGCUGACCAUACAGAUGUCAUGGCACAUCUGGGAACAGCCAUCUUCUGUUUCUUAACUACCAAUUGUGAUGAGGCGGGCACCAGUCUGUUUCGUCUUUCAUGGAGCAUAGCAUCUGCCCUUCUCACCAAAAGAUAUUGAUACAUAGGUCAUCAGUGGACAGCAGUGCAAGCAGGGGGGGAGCAGGAGAGAAGGUUCAUAGGGAAACACAGAAUGUCACAUCUCAGCUCGGCCUGUUUUGCGCCACCAUUGACUUGUUGCGGGGUAACUAGGUCGCUAACAAAAGGGUGGUCAUGGGCAUCUUUGAAACUCUUUUCUUGUGACAGGCUUCAAACCUGUGCCUCCGCUGUGCUCUCUUCUCCAGCAGCAUCUGGACUGCGGUUUUACAAAUUCAUUUCAUCAGCUGUGUUGUCGUCCUUUUUGCCUCCUCUGACCAAGCUUCCGAAUAUCCACAUCCUCGUACUCCAUACGGGGUACAUUGCUCGGUAUAGUGGGGCAGUUCAUUCGAGUUCACUACUCGCUGCUGGGUUAAAAAAAAACCCCCCUCCCACAACCCUCUCCUUUUCAUAAGCAACCAAUCUCAAUCGCUGAACCCAUACUCACUGGCUAGCCUUUUUCGCUCUUUGAGACGGGGCAACCAUGGCCGUGUCAACUUCAACUCUCAUUGCAACCACCUUUCUCCUUGUCCUCAUCUUCGCCCAUCCCGCCGCCGCCUUUGGUGCCGGCAAUAUCGCCUCACUCUCCCGCAUCGAGGGCCAGAACUGGCGGCAUGGGGAUAUCGAAGAUGCGCUUCUCUCUGUGGUCAUGGCACGUGUAGCAGGCGGGAAGAAAUUCUCCAAACUCGAUCUGCAACGGGUAUAUUUUGGCAACUGGCUCCGCGAUUAUAGUCAGGCAGUGGACGUUGGAACUGUCAAAUACGUUAGUGCUGAAGCAAUUCGGAUCUUGCUCUGGGUUUUGGGAUUUUUGAGCUUCGGGUACGGUACUGGCGAAUUCGAAGUGACGACGGAACGCCUCGGAACUUAUCAACCCACAGAGCAUAUUGAUAAUCCUUUGGGAUAUGCUGAGGGUGAUGAUGCUCGUCGCUACGACAGACGGCUCCGAGGCCCCAUCGACGAGGAGCGAGAGCUGGCUAUUGACACUCGUACUGGUCUUAAGCAUUACAUUGCCACGGAAGAUAUUGGUAUCGCAACGUCUGCCGGCCUUCUGCGAAGUGUUUUUGGAAGGUGUAUCGAGCUUGGGCGUAGCUAUGGGCGAUCUCGCGACAAAACUGAACUGUAUGAAGCGCUACGCCUCCUUGGAACCGGCCUCCAUUGCUUGGAAGACUAUGCCGCUCACUCCAAUUUUACUGAGCUCUGUCUGAUUGAAAUGGGUGAGCAAGAUGUUUUCCCACACGUGGGUCGACGAACCAUGAUGGAGCUACCAGGAGUUGGGUAUCCAGUUUAUCCAAUCAUCACCGGUACCUUCGGUGGUGUGGACUUUUUGCACUCGGUUAUGGGAGAAUUCUCCGAUAAGGCUACCCAAUCGGAGCUUCAGUCCCUCGAAGGGGUUAUGGAGCAAUCCCAAGGUGAAGGGGGAAACAAGAGCUUCAUCAAGGAUUUGUUAGAUAAGAUACCAUCUGAGAUCUUUGGCGGCCAGGAUAAUUCUGGAAAGAUGGACGAAUUUCAAGCCAACGCUCAACACCAACAACAGUCACCACCACAUGUUUCUCCAAAAGAGCCAGAGGAGUGGACCGAAUACCUGGAUAACGUCAAAACCCAAGUCUAUCCGGUUUUAGAAUGGCACGAUAACUUGAUGAAAUCGAUCAGCGAAGCAAUCGAAAAGAUCCCGGUGCUCCCAGAUCUUAUUGAACAGGUUCAAAAUGAGAUCAAUGUUUUCGUGUUCUCGGUAAUCGCACCGUACGUGAUUCCAAUAAUUAAUCAAGUCAAAACCGAGCUCGAGACCGGUUCGUCCGAAGUUAUCCAAAGCAGCAGAGAUCAGCAACACAACAUCUUCAAUAACGACGACUGCACUGAUCCUACCCAUUCAAUGUUAUCCAAGGACCACUUCUCCAAUGUGCUCAACGAGCCAGCUGGAAAGGUCGCGCAGGAAGUCGUGAAAUGGGCCGUUCCUCAGAUCAUGGACGCUUGGGACGAUGAAUAUAUUGACGUUGAUCGCACGCUGACUCGGAUUAUCCACGGUGUUUUCCACCAUCCCGCUCACCGUAAUCACGGACAAGAUGGACAGUCAGAUAUCCGCAUGCUCAUGUUUGGUGCUGUUGAGCAAUGGUGGAAUGAACAGGGUCGUCGUGGCCAAGACUCGCUCCGACGGCAGCUGAGCCGGGAAGGUGUGAGAAACGGUGAUAACCACAAACCUGGCGUUCGUGAUACCGGCCACGGCUGCGGCAAGCCGUUGUCUCUUCCGAAACAUAAAUCUAAGAACACUGGCGUUUUGGGCGGGCUUUCAGGAGCUGGCCGUACUCGAGACACAGAUGAACUAGCGCACAUGGCUAAGAAAGCGGUUGGAGGAGGUAUCCUAGGUGAUUUAGUUGGCGGUAUCGUGACUGGUGCUGGUGCCGAGAUUCUUGCUGGAGGGUCAGGAUAUGAAGGCGGCAGUCGCGUAGCAGAUGAGUAUAAGAAGGAGAAGAAGGAAAGGAAAUAUAGCUACGACGAAGAAGAUGAAUAUAAAAAGAAGAAAAAGGAAAAGAAACAAUACGGGGAUUAUUACGACGAGGACAGAGACGAGUCGAAGAAGAAGAAGAAAGAGCAAAAGUACGGCGACUAUUACGACGAAGACGUGUAUAAAAAGAAGAAGGAGAAGUAUGGUGACGAUAAUGAGGAUGAGUAUAAGAAGAAAAAGAAAGAGAAGAAGUAUAAAGGUUACGAUGAGGAUGAAGAUGAAGGCGAAAAGUACAAAUACCGCAGCAACGAUGACGAUGACGAUGAGUACAAGAAGAAGAAAAAGAAAGAAAAGAAAUACAAACAUGAGAAGAAAGGCAGUGGGGAUGAAUCUUCUUCGAGAUAUGGACGCUCAGACUAUGAGCAGCCGUCAUAUGGUUCCCGACAAGAACAUUAUGGCCGAUCUGAAUAUGAGCAAACCGGAUACGGUGGAGGCUCAUAUGGACGUCAACAAGAGUAUUCUCAGCCGUCAUAUGGAGGAUACCAGCAGAGUGGAGACUAUGGGGAGAGGCAAUACGGUAGCGAAUACGGUCAGCAAAGAACCUAUGACUCUGGAUACGGCCAGACGGGCGGAUAUGGACAACAAACUCAAAGCUAUUCCGGAGGUGACAGCUACUCGCAAGGAUACGGAGGCGGCGAAAGUAGGCAUUCUAGUGGGUAUGGACGCCAGGAAUACGGCGAAAGCGGCUCGUAUGGAGGAAGACGACAAUCGAGAUCACGCGAACGAGAGUCAAGACAGUAUUCCAGUGGACAUUAUGGUGGCCGGGAUGAAAGACGCCAUGGCAGUGAAGAAAGGCAGUACGGAGGCGGCUAUGGCCACUCAUAUAAAAAGCGAUACGAUAACGAUGGUGACUCCGGUGACGAAUAUGACCGACACGGGCAUCAUCAUCACCACCGUCGCCGUCGGGGAUCCUAG